CCUUACCUUUGGAUCUCAAUUACUCAGAGCUACUCAGAUUUCAUGAAGACAUCACUGACUCAGACUCAGACAAAGUUUUAGUUUAACAUCACGCCAAGCUAUGAUAUCCCCGAAUCCCAGCAGGCUAUCCCAGUUCUGGGAUUCUGUCCCCGCUCAGCUUAGAUAUUUAUUUGUAGUCACAACAGGAAGAGCUAGUAUUUUUUGCCUCUAAAAUAAAAAUAAGAAAAAAAAACUCGGAUAAUGUCCGACACUCCAGAAGAGCAGCCCAGCAAGGAGGAUGGGCCUGCGGCUCCCGCUGCCAAGGAGGAGGAUAAAGCAUCUGCGUCUGCUGCUUCUUCCAAAGAGAAAUCCGGCAAGGGAAAAGACAAGGACAAGGAGGGCAAGGACAAAGCGGCCAAGGGAGAGAGAGGGACUGGCAGCCAGCGCACAUCUCUGACUAAGUCUGGGGGGGUGACCAGCCCCUUGGGCAUGGCUCCGCAGCCGAAGCCCACUAUGCGCUUUAUGCCCACGUAUCGCCUGGAACCCAAGAACCCUUUGAACAAGGAACGGGUGGAAAUAAUUAUGAAGGCGGUUAUGAACAAGCACUACAACGAUGAGUACAUGUUUCAUCCGAAGCACUCGCUGCACAUGGCAGCCCAGAUCAGCGAGGAGAUCAAAAAUCGCAUUAAAUUAAUGAACUAUGAUAGAUAUCGUUACAUAGUGCUCGUCACUGUGGGCGAGUGCCUGAUGCAGGGCCUCUAUUCAAUGGUUAACUUCUUGUGGGAUGCUGAAAAGGAUGGAUUCGUCACAUAUAAGGUUGAGCAACCUUCAUAUUAUGCCAUCUGCACAACCUUUUAUAUAUAUUACGAUUGAACUUGGAUUGCUAUUAAAUCAAACACAAGUGUUUACGUUGUACAUAUCCAUGGCGCGGAUUAUUUUACCUUCCUCCAUCUGGGAUCGGAUUGGAUCGUUGCACUGCAUCACGACGGGCACUAGAACUCACUUUUUUCACAGCGUAACUUUGAACACAUUGACAUUGACAUUGUAAUUGGGAUAGAUUGUUGACGAUUAUAUUUUAUUUAAGUAUCAGUAUAAUAGACAAUUGUUUGUAAUAUUUUUUGAAGCAUAGCAUGGAAUAUUUUCAUGGUUAUCUUUAUCCUUUUGGUAUAGGUAUAUAUGCUUUGCUUUCAACUUGAAUUAUUUUACUUUUUUUCGGUACAACUAUCUCUGAGGGUACAGAUUCAGGAUCUAUUAGGCUCGAUUAAACAGAAUUUUCGAAUUUUCAAUAAAUAUGUACGUAUCUCUCUCGAUAUUUGUGAUUUGACAACGCACGCAUACACAUACAAUUGCACUUUCUUUUCUGGGAUAGGUAGCUAUUAUCAUCUAUAGCUAUAUAGCAAUGAUAUUGUUCCGGAAUGGACACUUAAACACACAGAAACGGAAAAUCAUAUAUGUAUUUGUAUUUGUAAAAUUAUAAUCGAAACACCACACCACACCACUUUGUUGUUGAGAGCAACCACAAGAGAACCAAUGUAACAAUCGCCAAACCCAUUCAAACAGCGAAAACAUUUUGGAGCGAAUGCUACACGACGUUCUCUAUUCGGAUGGAAGGUGAACGUAUCGGAACGGAUCGAGAACAGGGUCCAGGUCCAGAAGGACCGAAUACAGCACAGAUUCACCACACCACACCUCACUCACCACAGCAAGCGCCAAGCCACGAGGAGAUUCGAGUGAAGCUGAUGGCAUCAUCAGGCCACCAAUGGAACAAUUCAAAUCAUUGUUUAUUUAACACACUUUUUGCACAGGGGGAAACUGCACUGCUGCACUGCACCAUGCACCAUGCACCAAGCAACGAAAUCAACUCGGAGGGCACUGCUUAACUGCUCAUCUGCUUCAGAAACGAGUUCUGGUGUUUGGUCGCAUGUAAUGUCGACAAUCAGACUGGGGGUGCACUUGUUGUCGCACUGUUUUACGGUCUUAAACUAAAACUUUGCAUAAACAGGGUAUCGAAAA